AUGACGUCCAAUCUGUCGCCUGCGGGUAGCUCCCAAUACAGCUCCAACACCAUGACAGUCGGCGAUGGCACCUGGGACAGCGACCGCAACUCCUUCCUCCUCCCGAAUCUCGUCGGCCUCAACUUCGAGACGAUGCGCUACAAUGGCAUGGGAAACAGGUUCAGAGAUCUGCCCGGAUACUACAAGCUGAUAUUGGGACACGGAGUGCUGGCAGCAAUCACAUUCCUGGGAAUUGUACCGACUGCGAUAUUCCUGGCGAAAUACGGAAAGAGGUGGCCGGGUGCAAGAUGGAGUUUCAAGCUGCAUGUGUAUCUCCAGAUCCUGACCGUCUUUCUGGCGACUGUCGUUCUGAUACUGGGAUGGUUUGCGGUUGGACCCGAGCGGAGUCUGAGCAAUCCCCAUCAUGGGAUAGGCCUGGCGAUAUAUGUCUUGCUCAUAUGGCAGUUUCUCUACGGAAGUUGCAUGUUCCGGCGGGAAAGAAGACGCAGCACGUAUCCUGAUAAACUGCCGCUGAGCGUAUGGAUACACAAGCUGCAGGGCCGAGCAAUUGCGAUCCUCGGGAUUGUGCAGGUUGCGCUGGGCUUAACCUUGUACGGCAGUCCGAAGGUCCUGUUCAUCCUCUACGCCUUGACCGUGUCCUUCCUGGUUUUCUUAUACCUUGCGCUGGACUAUCGCGACAAACCUCGUCGAAGUGCAGCGGGUCCCGGUCCUGGAGGGGCCCCCUCAGACUACUACUCCGACUAUGGUAGCAGCUACGUCUCAGGGUCCCGACAGGACAGCAGACCACCUCCUCAAAAGAAGGAAAGCCAUUGGGGUAGGAACGCUCUUGCUGGUGCCGGAGCGCUGGGAGCGUUGGGGUGGUGGAAGAAAAGGCGAGAUCGUAAGCGCGAAGGCGAAUAUGAGGAGAGCAACGACAGCCGGAGCGACCGAAAUGAGCGGAACUCAUCGAGACCUCCACCAGCAGCACCAGGGCCAUAUAAUGGACCGCCGCCGGCUGCGCGGUCAGGACCGAUCGGGUCACCACCUCAUGACCAGUCAUCCGUAGGUCCAGGUCCUCCAGUAGGUGCAGCGGGGUAUUCCAGAAACACACGACCAGGAGGCUCACGAAGCAGGAUGGGAUCGCAAAGCAGGAUGGGGUCGCAAAGCAGGAUGGGGUCGCAAAGCAGGAUGGGGUCGCAAAGCAGGAUGGGAUCGCAAAGCCGGAUAUCGAAAGAGUCGUGGGAGGACGAGAAACAUAGCGAGCCAGAAAGGCACACUUGGCGCAAUCGGAUAUUGGGAGGAGCUGGCGCAUUCGCGGCUUUUGAAGGUGCAAAGUCUCUUUUCAACAGACGAAGACGGCGAGACGAUGACUACUCUGAUGACGGCAGCUACACACCACCACGCCGCGGUGCGCACAACGAAGUGAGUAGGACAGAUAUCUCGCGCGUGGAAGCUGGUCAAGCACCGGGCUCGCCUGAGACUCCAGGAGUGAACAUGAGAGGUGUCCAGCCCAACACCCCUGGGAGGACACCUUCUCGGCCUCCUAGACAGCAGGACGCCAGCAACACAGAGCUAUCGUACGAGAGUCGAGGAGAUUAUGAUCCGACGCUACGAGAGAGUAUAGCUGAAUUCGGCCCGCUUGCGGGAUUCAGGGAGUGGAACAGGGCACGAAGGGCGCGGAAAGACGCUGCGAACGCGGAUAUGAUGAGACGGCAACAGCUGGAGAUGGAAGAGGACUACAACCGCAGGCUCUCCAGCAAUUAUCCAGGUCCGCAAGAUGCGAGCCAAAGGCAGCAGAGCAUGAGCGGCACGCACUUGACGGGCCCGGAUAUGAACAUGCAGGCGCCUGACAGCCGGUCAAACCUGCGGCCAGACACUUCGCAUCCGCCGUUACCUGCCGAAGCGGGCACGAUGAAUACAGGUAGUCGUUACGGCGGAAGCAGACACGACGUCCACAAUCAGCAAGGCUACACCCUCCCUCCACCUCCUCCCGGCCCGCCUCCAAACUCGGUCAGACCAGAUGGCUACGACCCGCCACAGUUCGGUUCCGCUCAAAUGCCGGAAGGCGCCAUCAACCCCGACCCCUCCCGCCUCGUCACCGAAAACACCCGCGCCAACCAAUCUUCCGCCUACGGUAGGGAUCCACCGGCCACAAAUAUCACUGCCCCCGCCUCCUCUCUCUCGCCCACCCGACCCUCGGGCUCCCGCGCCCGCCUCAACAAACGCGGUAGCGCCACCUCCGCCUCCGCCAGCAACGUCGCAGGCCCAUCCACCGCGACCGGCACCGCCAGCACCGAGCCCAUGGCCAGCAUGAAGCUGAAAAUGGCCAACGACGGCCGCACCGUGACGCUCCGCCGCCUGAACGAGGAAGAAGCCGCCGCCGAACGCUCAGCGCGGAGACAAGAACGCCGCAACCGCCGCCGCCGCGGCUCGAGCUUCAGCUCAGGCGUCGAAGACGAUCCCGCCCCCUCAGGGCCGAGAUAUCGCCGCAACGGCCCCAUCCGCGCCUCAAGCGACCAACCCAUCACCAACGUGCCCCCACCGCCGGCUAUGAACAGCAGCGUCGGGGCUUCGCAGCGCCGGGAGUCAGAGCUCAACUUACCUCCCGCGAACGCAGCGCCGCCUCCUCCGGUGCCGCAGCAUUCGAUCUCGCCUGCGUCGCAAGGGCUGGGAUCGCCGCCAGGGGUGAAUGAGAGCGGGUUCGGGUCGCCGGGAGAUGCGGGGACGGGGACGGAUGUGAGUGCGUUUGCGGACAAUAGGCGGAGGCGAAGGGCGGAGAGGGCGAGGUUGCAGGCUGCGAGGGGAGGGGGGAAUAGGGUGGAGUUUGAAUGA